AACUUCGAUAAAAAUGGGUAAUCACGUGGCACGUAAUAUAAGCAAUUCUACUAAAAAGACUGAUGCAGUUACAAAUAAUAGCAAUGCGCUAACUACAAACACGGUUUCACGAAGUUCCUCUGGUAAUGACAUCGAACAUAGUUCUCCUACACAAUUUUUUCCAAUUGAUAACCUAGCCAAGAUUUUAUCGCAUCAUACAUAUGAAGAAAAACAUGUACAUGGAAUCACGAUGUCUGUGUUUGAAAAUUACUUAUUUCCUAAUUAUCCUACAUUAGCUGAAAAGUUAUUUACUUAUUUGCAUCACUCUGCUGGAGCAAGUACAUCACAUUUGACAGUUUCUGCUUUCAAACAACAAUCAGAAAAAUUUCUGUCUGUUAUGAGCGACCAAACUAUAUUAGAAAAUUAUGUAACAAUCUACUCUAAUAUAAGAGAUGGGGAUAUAUCUCCUGAUCUACUAAGAUCUUUAUUGAUGACUUGUUAUCAACUAGCAAUGGAUAGUACUGGUACUACAACAUGUAUUUAUAUACAUCGUGUCGUCAAUGCUGUUGUCAUUUCAUGUUUUCAUGGAAAAGAUAGCUUGUCUGUGAGUUAUGUUAGUAAUUGGAUGUGGCAGCAUUGUUCACGUAUUGUACAUGGUCUACAUUGCUAUGUAGUUCAUGUAUUGACAACAGCUUAUAGAAAUGGUAAAGCAUUGCUAUCAAAAGAACAGCCACAACCACAUUUAGAAAUUCCAACACCUGUAUUGGAACAUGCUGACAGUUUUGAUCAACCUCAGACAUUAUUGCCUGUGAGCUAUGUUUGGUUAUUAUCAACUACUUUACCACAAUGUUAUCUUCAGGCAAAUGAUACACCCAAGGAUAUUACGCACGCCAUUAUAGCCAGAACUACAGGCAAUAUAUGUCCUAGACACUGGACUUUAUUAUAUAAUAGUUCAGAACAUGGAACUGGCGCUAAUCGCUUUCUUCAUCAUGUGCUAGGCUACAGAGGUCCAACGUUGUUAUUUAUAAAAGCUGCUGAUCCAGAAAAGGAUGGUGAAUAUCUCAUGUACUGCAUGUGCUCAGCAGUUGAAUGGCGUGAAAGUCAUCUAUAUUGGGGUGAUGAAGAUUCAGUGGGAAUUCAAUUAAGUCCAUCCUACAGAGUUAUAGAGAAAGGACCUAAAGUAUUGUAUCUAAAUACAGGAAUCAGAGGUUAUCCUCAUGGUUUGCGAUUUGGAAGUAAUCCACGUUCACCACAUAUAAGUAUUGAUGAAUCAUUCCAUUCAGUCAGUAUCGCAGGUGCACCAUAUCCUAUUGCUACUCUAGAAGUUUGGGGAUGUGGAGAUGUAAAGUUAAGAGAACGUCAAUUGGAUAUUAAAAAAUGGCAAGUAAAAGAGGCAGAAAGACAAAGAAUUGUUAAAUUAAGUGCUAGCGAUUGGUUGGAUCAUCCUGACCGUUAUCUUCUUGAACUAGCAGGAAGAGCAUCUUACAAUGAAUCUAAUAAAUAACUGGGAUUACAUAACUGUAUUAUGAAACAAAUUUAUGCAGGAUUAGAGUCAAUAUUUUUGUAUAUAUGUAUAUACUGUUGAAGUCUUCUUCAGGAGAAAAGUGUACUUAUUUCUGAUGCAUGCAUAUAUAUAUAUAUAUAUAUAUAUAUAUAUAUAUAUAUAUAUACAUAUAUAUAUAUGUAUAUGUAUAUGUAUAAGAUUGCAGGUAGAAUGAGCAUCUAUAAUUUUAUUUUUGCAAUGUAUGUACUUAUGCACUUUAGCACAAUGCCAAACUAGAUUUUAGACAAUCAGUAUAUGACGUUUUAUUCUAAUGUUUUUUUAAAUAGGAUUAAUAUGACUUUUAUAAAUUUACAGACUCUGCAAAGAUAUGUGCAUAGAUUUAUUCAUUUUUAAAAGAAAUUGCAAUAUUAUAAUAUGCCUUAUGUACUUAUGUUUUAUGUACAUAAUUUUUAAAAGUUAAUCAUAUUGUUUAUCAAGUGUUAAAAUGUUGGAUCAUUUUUUUUUUCAAUAUUUUUAAUUUUUGAAAACUUCCUUUAUUCUAAUAAAUAUCUAAACAAAAGUUUCUUUUGUAAAAAACGUCCUUUUGUUAGCUCGUGAUGAAGUCAUAUUGUAAAAAAUAUUUUCUAUUAAUAUUGAUAUUUAUAUUAAGAUCUUGUAUAAAAACAAAAGUAUAAUUUAUUUGGAAAACAUGGGUUCUAUUAAUAAAAGAUACAGGACUGAGACAAAAAAAAGAUGGAACUUCCUACUUUGAACUUGUUUGCGUGCCGCCAUAUUAUCAAAUAAUAUAUUGUGUAGUACAUUCAUAUGCGGCUGCUUUGAUAGUUCCGUACCCUGUCAAAUAAAGUUCGUGACAGUAA